AUGGCCGCCACCGCCGUCUCAUCGACUCCUACUUCACCAAUAGGCAAGGAAAAACGGUCAGUUCUAGACUCAGUUUUGAAACGUGAUAAAAUUUUAGUCUCAUAUAAACAAUGCGUUUUUUUUUCGAAAACCCAAGAACUGUAAGAAAGUGUAUGUUCUUUCGCAGACCCCAGAUGGUUAAAAGAUGAUCCGAUAGUUAGGAUAUAUCGUCUUGCGCACACUUUUGCCAUUUGCUCGCAGCUGCUUCCCAUGUUUUGUUUCCUUCUACGGACGCAGUUCCUUUUCGGACGCUGUACGUUUCUCGGCCACCGUUCUAUAAUGUUAUGCCGACAUUUUUGACUUGUUUAGGAAAUGUUUCCGGCUGGAUGUGCAGUAUUGAUUCUUGUCUCAAAUCGUCUCGCUUUUCUGCAGAACGAUAAUCCACGCUUAAUUCCACUAUAGCCCAUGAAAGGAGGUUUUCUUAUGGAACUCCGUGCUGCCUUAAUGACGAUCAUUUUCUCGCGGCCCCACUAAUUGCAACUCGGGUGGCACUCCGAAAACUUCUUCGUUUUCCUCUCACUCUUAUUAUUUUACAUCCUUUUUUUCUUUGAAUGCAGACUUUUAAUUUCCCAUGGCGAAAUAGCGAUGAGAGCGAUGUAAAAAUUUGCCGUCAUGCAUUUUCGUUUUCAAUGUACGCGACGUGCGUUGAUCGAACGGCAAUACCACGCUUCCUAUCCGUUUUCUCAUUUCUUCUGAAGUUUUCUUCUUCGAUUUCUUGAUUUAUUUUGUAUUUUGAAAUUUUCUCGCUUAGAACAGAGAAUAACGUUCCUACUGCUUCUUUUUGUGUUGAGCAGGGCUGCUAGAACUCAAAAUUGUUUCGCAUUAAGAUCUAACAUUUUUUCGCCAAUUAGACCCAAUAUUUUUUUGGAAAAAAGCCUGGUUAACUUUUUAAUGAACCUGAUAUGUAUACACGGUGGAAUACACCGCACGCGAUAUUGCGACUUUCGUUGUUUUCGCUAACGCAAAUUUCGCUAAUAUUUUUUCAUACCAUCGAAGUAUAUCAUGAAACACAAUCUUUAGGAAUUUUCGAAAUAAAAAGCAAAGGCAAAAUUCAAAAAACAUGUUGACGCGAUGAGCCGUUCUCACCAGAGUUAUUCAGGAUCAUGGAAAAAACAAAAAUAAUGGCGGGGUGAGAAAUUUUGCGCCUUACUGGUACACUUCCUUCUCGGAAUGAUUUUUUUCGACGUUAUGAAAAUUUAAUUUUCUUUCAUCCCUGGAAAAAAUUGUCAACCAAAAGUGUAAUGAGAUAAAAAAAAACCGCAAACCAGUUCUUUAAAGUGAAGAACUAAUUUUUUCUCUAUAAACAUUUCCUGUUUUCAAUUUCCAUCCGGAAGUCCGGUAAAGGAGCCUGUUACUGUUGAGAAGGGUCUUAGAAAAGUUGAAGACUCUUAUUUGCCGCCGCGUAUCUUCUUUUCCUCCAACUUGAUCGCGCACUGAGCAAAUUUUGUUCUUUUUUUUUGAGGACCUUUUCCAUGAUCUGGCGCUCUUGAUCAGACAUCCUUCUGGACAAUAUGCUUGUUUUCACAUCAACUGAUUUAGGUUAGAGUUCAAGUAACAAAAAAAGAAAGCAAGCGUUCAAACCAAGCUCAAAAUUUUUUGAAAAAAGACGAAGAACUGUUUUGUGUGAAAAUCGAUUUUUGAGAUUUGUUGAAAUGAACCGUUCCAGAUGUUAUGUGUCUGUGUUCACAGCGAAAACGCUCGCAAAGAACAACCGAAUUCUCGAAAUUGCCGGCUCAAGGUCGUUCCAAAUGCGUUUGGGUUGUCCUUUUCUACCUGUUUGCUUCCAAUUUCUUGCCAUAAAUGUAUUUUUUUUUUAAAAUCUAUCUGUGAUAUUUGGGAACUAAGAAAGAAAAGUCAGUCAUAUUAUGUUGAUUAACGUUUAGACGUAUUUGGUCUGUUUUUUUGUUAAUAAGCGCCUGAUAUUUCAUAGUAACACUCAAAUAAGUUUUUAUCUCUCUUUAUUGCCAACCCAUACGUGUUACUUUGAUGUUGAAACGCUCGAUCGGACCUUAAAGGGACAGCUGCGAGUUGCAGAUAACAUCGGCUCUCCUCAAUUCGACUUUACCCGUCCAAAUCCACGGUGCUCCGGUUUUCUGACAUGAAGAGCUUGCUAAAAGCUUUUAAUUUGCCUAGAAAAAGUAAAAAGUGUGUUUUUUUUUUUCACUGCUCCACUCAUUUUGCGCUCUACUUCUCUAAGUUCCGCGAUAAUUAUUUUGGUUGAUAUGAAAAAAAAAAAUCAAAGUUUUCAUUAUUGAAUAAUAAAUAAAUAGCCUUCUUUGUCAAUGAAUCAGAUUCAAAAAGAGAGGUCGCCGUUUUUCAAAGUAGAUAUUUCUGACAUUUUAAAACUAGAGAUAGUUUAAACUCGCUUGGCACAGAAAAAAAGAAUAAAACUGGUCUUUAAACGAUUUUUGCCAAGUGGUCUUCUUUUCACUUUUCGUUCGUUUCAUAGCUGAGGAUUCGCAGUUUUUUGAGCUCUGUCAGAAAGUUUCAAGGGUUUCACUGUAGCUCUUGGUGGUAUGAAUGAAUAAAAACGCAUUGAAUUUCCUUCUUUUGCAAUUUUUUUUUCUUACAGGGUCUCUUUUGGCGACGACCACACGUUUGUCUACGAGAAGGACGACGACGCCACUCCAAUCAUCGCCAAACAUUUCACUGAGUCAGUUUUUUUUCCGACUUCUUCUGAUUCGGAUGACGACGAGGGGUCUGAAAGCCGUAGUCGAUUGUCUUUGUGCUUUUAUUCCAUCUCACAAAUGUCUAUACGGACUCUCAGGUCAUGAAAACGUUACCGAUCUAUAGCUAUAAUACAAAAAUUUAUUUUUCUUCGAAACUAAUUUGUUCUAUGCGGGCUUAAAAAUAAAAGCUACUAGCGGUUCGAUUCUUUUAAUAUUUGUCUUGGUGUCUCUCUCUCAUUUCUCUCAUUUCUGCAUCUCGAGUUUUUUUUUACUGAACGGAGGACAUUUUCGUUGAAAACGAGGAAACUUUGAAAAAAAAAGUCGGCGCUCCUCAUGAAAGAGGGUGUCGAGAGGAGAGCGGCAGAGAAAAAGGCGACGGCGCCGCCCUCGCGAUUUCUGCCAACUUUCCGAGACCCGCCGAACAAACACAAACAGUUCCACUGCAGGCGAUAAACACUUCCCUUACUUCUUUAUUCUGUUUAUCCGUCUCGACAUGACUAAGUGAGUACGUUUUUUAGAUGAAAAGAAUUUUGGUGAGAGAGAAAAUAAAUUUUUUCGAAAUUUAUCUCAACUUAAGUUUUUCUUUCUAUUUUUUCUGGUUACUGCGAAGUUUUACCGUUUUUUUAUGUUGUAAAAAAACUCGUGAACUCUAUUGUGAAAUUUUUUUACACCUUCUCAAUGUUAAAUGUAAUUUUAAUUUUUUUGCAGUCAACAACAUUUUAGUUCAAACUUUCCGCAGAUAAUUGAGCAGGAUCGAAAAUUUUUCCAAAAAUCAUUUUUCUUUUCUCUUAUUAAAAAAAAUUGACAGAGAUGUUCAUGGCUUUUUUUUUCAACAAAAAAGAAAAGAAAAAUGAGCAAAUUUCUCACGUUUCGUUUUUCUGCAGCCUACCAAGUGCGCUAAAAAAAAAGACGCUUUCACGUUUCUCCGCUGUAAUGUUGAAAGAAAAACGAAGCAUGUGAAAAAUGAAGAAAGAAAGCAGUACCACAAUGUAUAUGUACUAUUUUCUCACGGAAUUUCGUGCUAACUUCUCAGUUAUUUUUUUUACCGUUUUGUUCCCAGCAUUUUUUUACAAGUAAGUCCGAAACUGGAAUAUUCAAAUUUAAGAAGGCAAAAUUGAAAAAAAUGUUAACUGGUUACGCUAUAGCUUUGUCGUCGAAAACCUUUCUUUUCGAACACUCGGGACCUUGUACAUCCACUUGAGAAGAAUUGUGCACGGUGCAAAACUCGAGAGGGUGUUGAAAUAACAAAAAAUUUGCCAGAAUGUUUGGUCGAAAACAAAGGGAUAUAGAAUCAAGAGUAGCUGUAGGAGUUUCUUUUUACUCUUGUAAUUUCAGUAUGACCAGGCCGAUGUUCUUAUUCUUUGCCUAGAGUUAAAGAGUUGAUUAAAUGGAGAAAAGGCUCUCGAGAGAAUGUCGUGCACAUGUGCAUCAGAGAGAUUUGUCGACGCGAGAAGAGAUCAUGACCGAGUUACCAGAACACGCGCCUCGGCUCCUAUCGAUCGAUCGCAUUUUCUUUCUGCUUUUAUUUUUCCCCUACCAGCGUGUAAAAUUCUACUUUCAAAGAAUUUUUUUAAGAACACCAGCGCCACUUAUUUGAAACGUCUGUUUCGCGAAAUAUUAAAAGUCUCAGUAUUUUAAUUCGAAAAUUUGGUUUCGUUUGCCAAAGGGAGCACUCAAGGAACGGAAAACCCUUGUUUGCAAUCGUUUCAAAUUUGGCUGGACCAAAAUCCAUUGUCGUUCUGCAUCCUUUUAAUACUCUAGGGAGUCGCCUAGAGAUGUCUGUUGUUUCCAGCUUUGCCACCAACAUUCUCUGUUUCAAAACCUUCAAAACUUUAUCUUCUCGUCUCUUGAUUUUAGUUCGAAGUUCUUUUUGUUCUUCUAAUGGUUUGAGUGUACUUUGUCAAUCUAUCGACCGCUGAGAUGACAUUACUACGCAUCGAUUUUUCACUAACUUUUCGCUGCGUCUAUCCCAUGUCAGCUGCUGAUCGGAAACAGAAUACCGAAAGUUUGAGGCCUUAAGCUGCAGACACCGGGUAUUUUAGGAGGACACAACUGCUCAAAGGGCAAGAUUAUUUCAAAAUGUAGAGCACUUUCUUCCGAAUUCGAACUGGGUUUCAAAAAAAGUCUUGUUUGAAGCGGCGCGAAAGACUAUUGGGCUCGAGGAAGGCUUACGAUCUUGAGCUAAUUCAGAUUGGUCAAAUCCAGUCGAAAUAAUUGAGGAAGAAAAAAUAUGAGACGAAAGGGCAAUUACUCUUUGUACAUGUUUCUGGAUGGCGAUGUGUUUGGGGUCUGAGAAAUUUGAUUAUAGAUGUCGCCGUCUUCUCUCCGGAAUUUCUCAUAAAAUGGCUUGAAUGCUUCUCUUUUUCCAAUAAAUCCUUCUUUCACUAUAUUUUCUGUAGUUAAAAACUGUUCUCCAUCAUUCAGCCGCUUUGUAGUUCUUUGACAGGGAUUUCUCGAAAUAUUUUUUCUUGCGUAGUGUUAAGUCGACCAAAGAUCUCGAAAAAUUGUCUCGUUUUGCUUCAUUUUUUGCCUAUUGUUGCAGUUUUUCGCUUCUGCUCACGUCGUUUUUCUCCAGCCUUUGUUGUGCAUUCCCUCGCUUUUAAGAAUUCUCCAGGAUUUUUUCCAGAACAUUUUACGUAAAUGAAGCUAGAGUGAACAGUUGAGAAACCAUAACAUUACAUAUUAAAAUCCGCAAAAAUAUUGACAAACUGUAGUGUUUUGAGACCUUCUGCACACCAUUUUUGCAUUUGUAAUAAGAUUUAUUGAAGCGUUUAAAGAAUGUAAAGAUCUUAUAGGCUUUUUGUUCAAGUUGAAAUAUCCAGUAAUAUUUGAAAAAAAGUCAAGAAAAAAACAGAUUGCGGGAGUAUAAUCGUUUCUUUUUUUGUUUUUGUUUUUUUGGCUGGAGGUACAACAAUAAGGUGUGCAAGAGCGACUGAUCGUUUUUGAGGCAGCUGUCCCAAGAAACGGACGCACCAACCACAUUGAUUGCGUCCCCAUUUGCCAAUUGGGUGAGAAGCUCUAGCCAGGAACGCCCAGCACAUUGUCCAUCCAUCUUUCUCCCAUUCAUUUCCACUCCUAGCCACUUCUCUAUAUAAUAAGCGUCCUUUAAGAGAAAAAAACGUUUCUGAAUAAUUAAUUGGUUUUUUUGGCCUGAACCGUACGUCGGAUACGGAUACAGCGCACAUGGGAGCCGAUGAAUCUCUAACUAGAUAUUUCGCUAAAAAUGGAUAGCUUUGAAAAAAAUUAUAAAAAUUUUCUUGACAUCGGUGGCCUUCGAAAUUGGUGCUUUGACAUCACUGGACAUUGGUUCAUUUUUUUUCUCUCCUGAUGAUUUGAGUUAUUUUUCACCUGAGGGAGGUAGUAAUGAGAAAAAGGGGUAAAAGGCUUGUAGAAAAUGUCCCGCAAUGUAUGAUUAGUUUAAUACGGUGCAAUGAAAAUCUUCAUGGUUUUCAAUGUUUUUUUUUUGUCGAUACAGCUGUAGCCUUUCCUACAUCCUACUGCUGAAUGCAUUUCUAACGUCCUCGAGUCUUUUUCACUCGUUCUAUUCCUUCCAGAGCUCAAUUCAAAAUUCUUCCAUUUUUUUUUUCCUUUGGUUAGAAAUUGACUUUACGCGGUAGUUCUCAUUCCAAUCUAUUCUUUCUCAAGAAUGUUCAAAAUUUUCGCAGAAAGUAGCGGUCUGAACUUUUCUGACCACAAAGAUGAGCUGUUCUCAUCGCUCUAUUCGUUUCGCCGGAGCACUGAGGCUGGGUAAUGAGCUUCUCGACGAGUUUAGCACUUUACGGCCUUCCGGAGGCAUCUAAAAUGAGAACAGAAUUCUUUUCUCUUUGGAUCUUUCGCUCCCUGGUUCCAUUGUACCAAAAAGUCGUUUUCCACUUUUCCAAAGGCCGUCGAAGAAACUAAAUCUCGAAUUUUUCUUCUUCUGAAAACUUUUUUAGACUGAAAAAGUGUGUAGAUGUGUUGUGUUGGAGAAAAUAAAUAUUGAGGGUUUUUGUCUGCUUUUUUCAGUAGCUUUUUAAAUCGAUCUGAAAAUUUUCUUCCACACACGUUUGAAAAAUGAUAAAACUCAAAAAUGAGACUUUGUUUUUGGCCGAGCUGUGAUCGGUGAGUUGGCGGAGCAGAAUUGAGUGGCGGGGUCCAAAAAAGGAGCGAGAGAGGCUCGGAUGUCGGGCAUUUGUCACAUCGCCCGCUCCCUCUCUGCGCCUCGAUUCUCUCGGCUUCCCGCCGUUCGGCUUCUUGUUUUUCUAUCAAAUUCUACGCUUUUUUGAGUUGAAAAACAGUAGCUGAGCUUUUUAGGGUAUAUACUUUUGUUUAUGAGCUUGAGAAUUUCGAAGCUGAUUUCUUAAAGCUCAUUUGUGGUAGAAAUUCUAUCAAUUCGUUUUAUAUUGGCAGAGAUAUUUUGAGAGGUUACUUUUUCUGUCUUCAACACCCUUAUUUUUUUCUGGAAGUUUCCAAAAAAAUAAUAACUUGAAAAACUGUAGAACUCUUGGAAAGACGCUACAAAUUGGUUUUUUUACUCCAGUUCUGAUCGAUAUGUUUGAUUAAAAUGAAGGCUUUUAAAUUUUUUUCUUUUUUGAAAUCCCUCUCAAUACCCAAAAAAAGUUUAUAUAGACUCAGAAAUGUUCCGAUUUCCCUUCAAAACUCGAAGAAACUUGGCUUCUUUUUCAAUUUUGAGUUCAGUGUUCCUCCGACAAAAUUUCCGUUUUUGACAUGGUUUUCCUCUAUUUUGCCCUCUUUUUCUUUUACUCUUCUCUUUUCUGAGCGUAACUGCCAAAUCGAGUUCCGUCAGUCUUUCUCCGCUCGUUUUAUUUUAUUUUUUCAAGGCAUACAUUUUUGGACGGCCCGCGCCUAUUUUUUCUGAAACAUUUUAUUGACUUUUUAAAAUUCAGGCUAAAACCUUUUUGACAGGUUUUAUCGAUUUUUUAUCUUUCGAAUGUUAGCUCUUGAAAAUUUCACGCUUCCCGAGUUCAUACACAGAUCCAAUUUCCAGGCGUUCUUGCCGCCCUCUUCUCACUUUUCGAGGAAAAAUAAUAAAAAAGUGUUUUUUUUUGUAAUUUAAUAAGAAUCCAGAUUAUAUUUUGCUCUCGACCGAAAAUAGGAAAGGUUUUUACGCGGAAAAAUAAGCUUGAAAAUUCUUAUCUAACCUUGGCUACGUGGUAGCGUGUACUUCACCGAGAGAAAAAAAAAUUCACAAUAUUAUCAAUCAAAAGUCGAGUAGAUUCUCGCGAGCGACAGACGACUAGAGCUGAGAUCGUAACGAUAUCCAUUCUAGCCCUCAUGGCAAUUUUCUUGUUUUUGUUUGACUUGGAUUUGCCUGUUCAACAAGAAUUUAUUGCAGUCCCGACGCACCAGUGAGCCGCGUGGUAGUGACGACAGAGACGGUGGUUCCAGAAGCGCCGAGUCCCAUCCCGCCGCCCGCACAGUUCGAGGAGAUCCGUCGCGUCGCCGUCAGUCCUCCCCUUCCCACAAAGUUCGUUUCUGUCCGUUCUCUUAAACCUCUCGAUUCUUCUACCGCAAAGUUUCUUGAUAAUUGAAGGGAUAGAAUAAUAAAAUUAUAAUGUGACUUGAGGGAACGACGAGGUUUCCCGACUAAGAAUGGAAUUUUCGGAAAAUUGCCGAAGUUUAUAACAAAAUCAGGCGGAUCUUCGCGGUCCCUAUGUAAAAGUUUCUAAUAAACGAAAUAUUUUUUUGGAAUAAUGAAGUAAAGAUAUUCAGAUAGAAAGGAAGAAGGGAAAUUAUUAAUAAGUGACCGAUUUCAGAAAGAUGACCGACGCCGAAAAUCCGUUUCGACCUGAAGAGGUAUGUUUAUUAUUUUUUCGAAUUCGAUUCGGGAUCUAUAACGAAAUUCACAUGUUCAAUAAUUUUUGAGAUUCCUUGUUACGUGCUAGAUCCAACUGAAAGUCAGCAGAUAAUUCACAAAGAACUUCUGGAAUUAAAUCGCCUUUUUUGGUUUUCGAAGUUGCAGAAAAUUACGAAAUUUGAAGAAAAUGAAUAUAAAGUUUCGAAACUUCUUCUCGAAAAAAAUUGGUUUUGAAUGAUUAAAACACUGAUGAAAUUAAAAAAAUUUUUAGCAAUCGGAAACCUUUUUUUAAAGCAGUUAGGUUAUAAAAAACUAAAAGAAGUCAGCUCUAGGAGUUUAUUUCCUGUUUACUUUUUUUUCGUCUCAUUAACUAUUUCAAUGUUCAGACGCCUGAGAUUUUAGUAAAUUUUAGCCCCACCUGUUCGAAGAGUCGCCAUAAACUGGGCCAAAAAUAUUAGUAGAUAGAGAUUUCACUGAGAAAUUCGGAAAUAAAUAGUUUCUCCUUAAUCCAAUUUUAUAGUUUUCAGGCGAUUUUUUUAUUCAGAUUUAAAAAGUAUUUUUAAAAAGUCCAAAAAAAUUUUAACUUUUUUUCAAGUAAUUGCAGUUUUUUUGGUUCUCAGGUGUUGUACCACGAAGUGGAUCCGAUCGUCGAGCAGUACCUUCACAAGCCAUUCCCACCGAGCAGACCGGGAAGCGCCCAGAACACUCCUACAAAGCACAGCAACGCGUGAGUCUCUCACAACCGUCCCUUGUGGAGCUCAUCUUGCAGAAUCGUGAACGAGAGCCCCAUCUACCUGCAGAACGGCCUGAGCAAGGAGCAGUUGCUGCACAACGAGAAGACCUCUCAACAGGAGCCGCUCCUUCCCAGAGACAACCACCAUUCUUCUCCUGAUAAACGGUUCUUUUCAAAGAUAUUCUACAUUAAGUCGGCCUCGUAUGGCUCAGUGCUACUUUUCGUGACACGUUUUGAUUUUCUAUACGUUUUUUUUCGGACACUUCAAAGCCUAGAACUUUCGUCAUGGGCGGUUGACAAAAAAGGAAAAAGUUUUCACACUUUUGUUCUUUCGAAUUUCAGCUUCAAUGGAAUUGAACCAAAGAACUUGUAGAAACUCAAAAAAGUCUCCUCUUUCUAAAAUGUUUGAAUCUUCUAGUUUUUUUCAGGUUGCUUCAAAAUAUGUACUUAUGUUGUCAAAUAAUGUUCGUUACCAUUUUCCCUUUUCAAAAAUGAAAAUCUCCAAAUUUUCGAAUAUUCUUUUUCAAUCAGAAUAUUUUUUCAAAGAUUUAAUUAGGAAAGAUGUGAGUUUAUAGAUAAAAUUUCAACAGAAAUGAGGUAAAUCAAUGAUAAAGAUUGAGAAAAAAACGGAUGGUAUAUAGGAAAUUUGGUAUUUUAAAAGGAUAUUAACUAUGUCAAACUUUCUACAACCUCGUUCCAAAAUUCUGUCAACCGUUCUCGCAGGUGAUAUACAUUUCAGAGUGUCUUGAUUUCUCCACGCUGAAAAAGGAGAUCAUCAACUUUUGUUUAGAGUUGUCAUCUAUAUUCCCAAAAUCGUUUCCCAAUCAAGACGACAAAGUUUCAGGGUGGAUGGUGGCGACUACACAGACGAGCUGCCACCAGCGGGAAAAGUCGAAUUGAUACACAUGAAGAAGAAAAAGUGCGGCUGCUGCUCAGUACAAUAG